AUGAAUUCGUUAUUUAGUGGAUCUGAUGCCAAUAAAAUUAUUGUUGGUACCAAAUCUACAAAAUUCUAUGCAAUUGAUCCUACAACCAAAAAGUUGAUAAAAACAUUUGAUAAUAAUGAAAGAGAUAAUGAAAACGAAUGUCCUUUUUUGCCUAAAGAUGCUUUAUACAUUUGCAUGAAUGCAUAUAAAAUACGAAUUUUUGAAAAUGGAAUAACGAAACGAAAUGUAACUUAUACCGAAUACAUUCCACAUAGCUAUGACACAAGUAUUGAAUUAAUACAUAAAACAAAACCACAUAAUAAUGAUUUAUACAUUGCAGCUCCAAAUGGUGAUAUAUUAUCAACUAAUUCUUAUUCUACUCGAAACGAAUGGCAUCAAGUACUUCGAUCUCCUUUAAAAGUGGACAAUAAUGAUGACGAAACUUGUCAACUUGGUUCACCAUUAUAUCCAAGCUGUUUAAUUGGAAAUAAUAAUGAUUACGAUGAUGAUAAUUAUUUGAUAAACAAUGAAGAGCAUAUUUUUAGAUUAGGUAUCGAAGGUCCAUCACCCCUCUACUCGCCAUCGUCUUCAUCACCUUCAUUAGAAAAUAAUCAUUCCUCUUCUGCUUCCCCUUCGAUAGAUAAAGCUGAUUCCAUUAUUAGUUUAACACGUAUUGGAUUCUCGUUAUUCAGUAUUAUUUUAUUGAUUUUUAUUGGUAUUAUUUAUUGGAACAAGUAUAAUAAUAAAAAUGGCAGACAUUUUUUUAACAAAUUAUUGUUGACUCCAUUACUUGGAACAAUUGCACAAAAGUAUAAUGAUUUUAAUGAAACUUUUUUUAGUAAAGAUAGUAGUGGCAAUGGUAUUAACCAAGUAAAAUCCAAUAAAAAAGAAGUUGGUAAUAAAAAGAAAAAGAAAGGUAACAAAAACCAUAAUCAUAAUAAUAAUAAUGCAAAUAAUAAGAAAGUCGAGCUUAAAAAUGAUGAUUUGAAAAUAAAUGGCACUACAACUUCUAAUAAAGAAACAACAAUAACAAAUAACAAUAAUAGUCAAAAUUUAGAUGUUAACCUUCCUACUUCAACUAUUGAAAACAAUGCAUCAUCUAACAUUUCCACUGCUGCAGUUAAUGGCGAGUUUAAAUUAAAUUCUUUAAUGAUUACAGAUACCGUUUUAGGUUAUGGAAGUCAUGGUACUAUUGUAUAUAAAGGAAGCUUUGAAGGAAAAGAAGUAGCUGUAAAACGGUUACUGCUUGAUUUUUAUGAUAUAGCACAUCACGAAGUAUCAUUGCUUCAAGAAAGUGACGAUCACCCAAAUGUUAUAAGAUACUAUUGCAAACAACAAUGUGACCGUUUCUUAUAUAUUGCACUGGAACUUUGUCCUGCUUCUUUACAUGAUUUUAUAGAAAGAGGUUCGAUGUUUGAACAUGCGCAUCUGAUAGAGUCAUUACACCCAUCAAAAAUCCUUUAUCAAAUUAUUUCUGGUCUACAUCAUCUCCACUCUAUCAAACUGGUACAUCGAGACAUAAAACCACAAAAUAUUCUAAUAGCUGCUUCAAAACACAAGAAAACAAUCAAAAAGAAAGGUGUAAUUGUUUAUGAAAAAUCGAAAAUCAGAGUGCUGAUUUCUGAUUUUGGAUUAUGCAAAAAGUUAGAAGGGGAUUCAAGUAGUUUUCACAAUACUACAAACAAUAUCGGCGGUACGAUUGGCUGGAGAGCGCCAGAGUUGUUAUCACACACAUCAUUAUCAUCAUCACCAGACAACAAUACUACAGCAGCAGAUGCAUGGACAUCCGUGGACCAAUCAAAUUGUUCUUUUACGUCGUCAGGAUCAUUGAAUAGUGAAGAAGAUUGUCCACGCAGAAUCACAAAAGCAAUAGAUAUUUUCUCCGCAGGUUGCUUAUUUUAUUAUGUGUUGUCCAGAGGAUGUCAUCCAUUUGGAGACCGGUAUUCCAGAGAAAUAAAUAUAUUGAAAGGAGUGUACGAUUUAAAUAAAUUGGAUGAUAUAGAAAAGGAAGGCAUCGAGGCUAGAGAUUUGAUUGAAAGGAUGAUCGAGCGUGAUCCUGAAAAAAGGCCAAAUGCGGAAACAGUGAUGACGCAUCCAUAUUUUUGGUCGUCGUCUAAACGACUUGGAUUUUUACAAGAUGCAUCUGAUAGAUUUGAGAUAGAGGAAAGAGAUCCACCAUCACCGUUACUUAAUCGUCUUGAGCAAGAUUCCAGUAAAAUAAUAGGUAUUGAUUGGUACAAACGUAUAGAUAAAAUUUUAGUGGAGAAUCUUGGUAAAUAUAGAAAAUAUGAUGGAGCCAAAAUAAGGGACUUAUUACGAGCUUUAAGAAACAAGAAAAAUCAUUAUCAAGAUCUUCCAGAUCAUGUAAAAAGAUCGCUUGGAGAGAUCCCAAAUGGAUUCCUUUUUUAUUUUGUUUCAAGAUUCCCAGAACUUAUGCUACAUGUUUAUUACGUGAUAGCAGAGUCGGAAUCUUUAAAGAAUGAAAGUAUAUUCAGUCAUUAUUUUGAAAUACCAGGAGAAAUAUAA